GAUACGAAAUACAUAACAAUUGGAUACACACGUAUAUCGCCAACUGACGAAACAAAAGAAUUACAAGUACAUUUAUUACAGUUAAUGGUGAACAAACUAUACUCCCCCGGAGAGUGCGAAGAAGUAUUUGUGAGCCCAAUUUUCACAAUAAACCAACCAAUAUUAGAAAGAGACUCGCCAAAGCAGGAUGAUUUACUGCUGCAUUUAAAAGAAUCCCAUGGCGAUACCUCAGGUACAUUAAGGUUCAGUAUAAUAGCUAUAAUAAUUGAAGAUCUCUUACAGAUUUAG